CACGACACCUUAGUUUGCUGUCAAUGUCAAAUUGUCAACCUAUCUCAUAGUGUGUAGAAGAGAGGACACAGUUUAACGGAAAUCAAUUGUAUUAAUCCUAUAUUCCUAUCUGUGCAGCUAUGCUCAUUGAUUUCAAGUGGAUAAGCAGCCCAGAAACAAUCAAUCAUUCAAUCCCCCAAAUCCCUCCCUUUUGUUCCCUCUUCUUUCUCUCUCCUCUCCCUCCCCCGAACCCCAAAAAACCCAGUGAAAAGUAUGGAUUUUGAAGCUCCUCAACGACGUCGUAUAGCUGUAUUGUGUUCUCAUCUCUGUCCUUCCCACAUCGAUUCACGCAAUACCCAAAUCGUAUCUACUUCGAAUUGCUCUUCUGAGUCAACAACCACUCAGCUUCAAACUAGGGAUUUGGCGAAAAACCCCAGUUCUAAAAAAGAUUGUGUUUUUUGCCAGAUUAUUUGCGGCAAUUCCCCCGCUUUCAAGCUUUACGAAGAUGAUAUGUGCCUUUGCAUUUUGGAUACAAGUCCACUCAGUCGUGGGCACUCUCUUCUUAUUCCAAAACGUCAUUUUUGUUCCUUGGAUACGACUCCUCCAUCUGUGAUGGCUGCCAUGUGCUCAAAACUACCCUUCAUUAGCAAUGCAAUUAAGAAAGCUGCAGGCUGUGGGUCCGGAGACAGUGUCACGUUUGGGGAGUUUGCAAAUCACAAGGUCACUUUAGAAUUUUGCAAAACACAAGAUUCCUUCAAUCUUGUGGUCAACAACGGUGCUGCUGCUGGCCAAGUCAUAUUCCAUACACACAUCCAUAUAAUUCCACGGAAGUUGCAUGAUCGCUUGUGGGAUACAGAGAGCUUGAGGCGGCUAUCUUUGAAAUUGGAUGAGGAGGCACCUCAUCUUGUAGAAAGCAUUCGAGAACAUCUUUCGCUUGCAAACAGUGAGGAAGAAUGCAAGGAUCAAGCUUCAGCUUUGGCUGGGAAUUGUAGAGAAUGAUCCGGUUGAAUGUAAUGUUUGUACACUAAAUGGGUGCUUUUUAUUCUUUUUCUAAUUUAAUCGCGCGAAAGCAUGUAGAUUAUGCAAUGUUGUAAAAAAAAAUAAAAACCUUUGAGAUCAAUCAAAUUGUAUGAUUGUAUUCA